CUCUAUUAUAUUGUACACUUCUCUCUAUUAUAUUGUACACUUCUCUCUAUACUUGUACACUUCUCUGUAUACUUGUACACUUCUCUCUAUUAUAUUGUACACUUCUCUCUAUUAUAUUGUACACUUCUCUCUAUUAUAUUGUACACUUCUCUCUAUACUUGUACACUUCUCUCUAUACUUGUACACUUCUCUCUAUUAUAUUGUACUCUUCCCUCUAUACUUGUACACUUCUCUCUAUUAUAUUGUACACUUCUCUCUAUUAUAUUGUACUCUUCUCUCUAUUAUAUUGUACACUUCUCUGUAUUAUAUUGUACUCUUCUCUCUAUACUUGUACACUUCUCUGUAUUAUAUUGUACACUUCUCUCUAUUAUAUUGUACUCUUCUCUCUAUACUUGUACACUUCUCUCUAUUAUAUUGUACACUUCUCUCUAUUAUAUUGUACACUUCUCUCUAUACUUGUACACUUCUCUCUAUUAUAUUGUACACUUCUCUCUAUUAUAUUGUACUCUUCUCUCUAUACUUGUACACUUCUCUCUAUUAUAUUGUACACUUCUCUCUAUACUUGUACACUUCUCUCUAUUAUAUUGUACACUUCUCUCUAUACUUGUACACUUCUCUCUAUUAUAUUGUACACUUCUCUGUAUUAUA